GCUGGGUAUGAAUCGGGGUCUAGAGGUAUAGUUGACUCGAUUAACGACCCCGGGUUCUGAUAUCUCAACAGCUUCUCACUUAUAUCCCUCUGUCAACCCAGUCCUUCAUGACGAGCACUCCAACACCUUCACAGAACCUCACACGAACCAACAUCACCAAAAUGACAAUCCCAAAACUCAACAUCCACCCGCCCCUCAUCAACACCCCCUGUCCUGCAGCAACGACACUCGAGGACCUCCUCAUCCUCUGGAACUGUCCUUCCACCGGCGCCAUAACCACCCGCACCUCACUCCUCUCCGGCUUCCCCCACGACGACACCAAGAACCUCUACGUCUUCUAUGACUCCUCCUCCCACACCGUCUCGUCUUCUACCAACCCUUCCCCCCCCUCAUCAGCAACUCCCACCCAAAACGCCACGCUCAACUCCCUCGGCUACAGCCCUUUACCUCUCCAAACCUACCUGGACUUUAUACGGACCAUUGCCGUGUAUCAUUCUCCUCCUCCUCCUCCUCCCAACAACCACAAAGGUCGCAGCAUUGGCAGGAGUAAAACAAUCAUCAUCUCCGUCACCGGUUCCGCAGAGGACGUAGCCCAAUGUUACCUGCACAUCGCCCGUCUCCAGUCGGAAUUCCUUUAUGUCACUUCUUCUUCUUCUCCUUCUUUUGUGGUAAAGGUGGCAAUGGAAAUCAACCUCUCGUGCCCCAACAUCCCGCACCAUCCGCCUCCGGCUUACUCCCGCGACGCGCUGGUUCGAUAUCUCGAGGAGUUGAAAAAAGCGAUCAAGGCUGCAGAAGCUGAGGGCCUACCCAGGAUUCCAGUGGGAUUGAAGACGCCGCCGUAUACCUACGAGACGCAGUUCCUGGGGUUGAUGGAGGCUUUGGAGGCUUCGGCUUCGGCUACAGCUCUGGCAUCAGAGAGGAACAAAAAGCAAGAAGAAAAAGAGCUGCAAUGUCCAAUCACCUUCCUCACAGCCACCAACACCCUCGGCAGUUGUCUUGCUUUUACAGCUUUUACCGGUUUCACAGACGACUUUACUCAAGCGGCGUUACCAACCGACUUAGGCACAGGCGGACUAGCUGGUGCCCCCUUACAUCCAUUAGCGCUGGGGAAUGUCAAAACGCUUAGGAAAAUGUUGGAUGAAAGAGAAAAAACGCUGGGACAUCGGAUACAGAUAAUUGGAGUGGGAGGGGUGCUAGAUGCACAGGGGUAUAAGAGGAUGAGGAUGGCGGGCGCGGAUGUGGUUGGGUUGGCGAGUGGGUUGUUAUUGAGGGGGGUAAAAGUUUUUGAGGAGAUUGAGAAGGGGGUGGGAGGGGAUUGGUGACAGUGUGGUAUGGUAGGUCCUUUGUGCGGUAUAGAAGAGAGGGAGAGAGGGAGAGAUAAUGGGAUAGAUAAGAGCUAAGGAAGGAGUGAGGAAUUGAAGAUGAGAGCUGAGGGGACAGAGUCAGGGUAAGCAUGAUUUCUUGUGUGAUAGUAGCAAGCGUAUCUAGAGAAGAGGGCUCAAGAGGGGGGAUGAUAUAAGAGGGUUGGGUUGGUUGGUAUACAACAAGUUUCCGUCUUUGUCUUUCUCUGACUUUCGUUUGCAAAUCAAGUUUUUCGGUGGUUGAAAGCAUUCCUUCAAGAUCUCCCCCAGUCAGCCAUAUAGCAAGAACGAAAUGCAGUCCGAAAACCAGACGUUUCGUUUCUAUAUUAAACCAACGAAAAAAAAAGAGAUAGGAUGGGC